UUCCGGCUUGGGGGCGCGCGCUGCUUCCGGCGGGGCGGGGAUGGCGGGCGCUGCGCGGCCCGGACCCACGUGCCUGCUGCUGGGGGCGACGGGCGUCGGGAAGAGCCUGCUGGGGAAGCGGCUGCGCAAGCUGUGCUCCCGGGACGGGGCCAAGGAGUUGGGCGAACCCCCGGCCACUCUGCCCACGGUGGGCACGAACCUGACGGACCUGACGCUGCACAAGAGGGUGACGCUGCGGGAGCUGGGCGGCUGCAUGGGCCCCAUCUGGCCCAGCUACUACGGGGAGUGCAGCGCCGUGCUGUUCGUGAUCGAUGCGGCCAACCCGACCCAGGUCUCCGCGUCCUGCGUCCAGCUGCUGUCCCUCCUCUCCGCAGAGCAGCUCGCCGCCGUGCCCGUGCUGAUCCUCUUCAACAAGAUCGACCUGCCCUGCUACAUGUCACUGGUGGAGAUGAAGUCGCUGUUCCGCAUGCAAGAGAUUGUCUCCUGCGCCACGCAGCCCAUCACCAUUCUGGAAACCAGUGCACGCGAUGGCACCGGCCUGGCUGAUGUCCUGCAAUGGCUUCAGACCACCUUCAGGGACCCUAGCUAACCUGGCCCCAGCACCUGUGCAGUGUGACAGGCUGAUGGCAGGCAGCAGCUCCUCGGUACUCCAUGGUAAAACUGAAACAUAAACCCAAGCCAUCUUUGUCUGCAGGCAAUCCUGCAGCACUUCUCAGGGUGCCUCAGAGUGUGCUGCCCUUCCCCUACAGGCUGUGAGACCCCAGCAGAGGGAGUGCCACCUGCGGGAGGGCCCUGCUGGCUGCUUGCAUCCAGAGCAAGAUGGAGCUCUGAAACUGGAUGGUCCCUGAAGGUGAGACUGUCGGCUCUGGAGCCACGCAAAGGUGAAAGUAGAGGGCUUCACAAUGUACAGGUGCUGCUGCAAAUCAUCAGGUACAUAACUGAAAAUCAGACAUUUAUUUACACAGGUGAAAAGCAGAGCCCUGUGUACUGGAGAUUAGCAAGGAGCAAAUGGAUAUCCUAUCACUGUGCUGCUAGCAGGACAUAGAGCCAGGCUGCAUCCUCACCCUAGAUGAGCAAAACCUGCUGGCAUGAGCAUGUAGCUGGGUUUGGAGGCAUGGAGUGUGCAGGAAGACAGGGGCGUGGGGGUGUUGUGCUGAUACACAGCACUGCAGAUGCCUCUCUGGCACUCACUAUGGUUCAAAAAACUGCAGACGAUGAGGAAGAUUUUUGUUCUGAAGCAGCCUGAUAAGCUGAUUUCUAAGAUUUUGUUGUAUGUUGUUUUCAAAUUCUUGCUCAAUGGCCUGGUAGUUGUUCUGUGGGGGAUUGUUUAUCACAGAAGUGUCUUUUGAGACGACCUUCUCCUGCAGCCCCGUCGUGCCUUGCAGCAGCUUGCUCAGGCUCUCAUUCUCAGCGCAGUUUCCGUGCGGCCAUGGGACGUUUUCCCUGGUGUCACCCUCAUACGGCUGGAAGUUGACAUGAUACAUCAUCUUGCAGUUCACGCAGGGUGGCUUUUCUAUGAAGACUCCAUUGCUGUAGCAGAAGGCUCGGCACUGCACUUCAUCAGGGAAGACAAUGACCAGGUUAUCCUGCCCGUGGUACACUGCAAACGCCACCGCCUUGUGCCACGUCCUGAGGCACAGGAUGCUGAUCAUGAUCUUCUUCUCCAUCAUCCCUCUGCAGGAGACAGAUGCUCCAUAAAAGAUAGGGAAGCUUGCUUUAUUCUCAGGUUCUUUGGGUUCUCUGUAAAAGCUGUAAGCGACAACUGCGGCUCUGAAGACGAACUCACUGGGGCUCAUUCUGUGUGCUUGAAGGUGUAUUGCUAUUUCCACAGCGCUAUUAAAUUCAUGCAAGAAAGACUCCA